CCAGCAUGAUGCAUGCCCUGCACAGGUUUCUGCUCUUUCAUCUCCUGACAUGUCUCGGACUUCACGCACUCGGGAGUGAAAUCAUAAAUGGUAAAAAAGUCCGGGGGAAAUCAAUGCUGUAUAUGGCCUCAGUGCAAAACAAUAGAGGUCCCAUAUGUGGAGGAUUCCUCAUCAAUGAACACUUUGUGGUCACUGCAGCACACUGCAAGGAUCCCACCAGCGUGGUUCUCGGUACCCACAAUCUCAAGAAGGUUGAUAAUAACACAAUGAGAUACGAUGUAAAGUCAUGCAAGUUUCCAUCUUUUGAGAAAUGCUCAAAAGGGGGGGACAUCAUGCUCCUCAAACUGUCCAGGAAAGCUCGACUGAGCAAAGAUGUAAAACCAAUUCAACUUCCAAAAACUGAGAUUAAGUUAAAAGAUAAAUCAAAGUGCCAUGUAGCCGGGUGGGGAUUGACAAGAAAUGGUGGUAAAGUUAAUGAUGUGCUGCAAGAGGUGGAAGUGCCUAUUGUGAACCUGGAGGAAUGUAAGAGAAAAUGGCAUCCUAGGGGAGUUAAUCUUCCUGCCAAUGUUAUCUGUGCAGGUGGAUAUGGCACAGACAAAGGAUUCUGUCAGGGUGAUUCUGGCGGCCCUCUGGUGUGCAAUGGGAAGCCUGUUGGUGUUGUAUCUUUCAACUUUGAUAAAAACUGUGACUACCCAAAUGUACCCAACGUCUAUACAGAUGUAUCAAAAUACCUUCCCUGGAUCAAAAAGAUUCUCAAGCAAAAUAAUUGUUAAAUGUGACAAUUCAGCAUACUUUCAUUGUACUCUAUUGUACCAGCUCAUGGCUCUAGAACAGCUGUCCACUCCCACAUAAGGUCAUCUGACACUGUCGCUGCCUUUAAAUCUCCUCUUUAAACUUACUUUUACAGAAUUGCCUUUCCCAACAACUGACAUACUUUCUUUCUUAUCAUGAGCUGGCUGAUAUGUUGUAAAAUAAGUAUUGUUUUCAACCUCUUGCAGUUGUUAUCUGUUUAUGCAUUGUGCAUUUUCAAACUAUGUGCAUUUUUCUUGAAGAGGGCUUCAUAAA